CCACCGAGGAAAACAAAUACCAAGCAAGAGAACUGCAAACACAUUAAUACACAUAGAGUAGAUCUCAUAAAAUUCCCAAGAGUUCAAUUCAAAAGUUCAAGUCAGAGAAUGAAGGGAGGUGUUGUAGCAGUGAUUGCCGUUCUUGCAAUUUUCGCAUUAGUUGUGAAGCCGGGACAGGCUGUGACUUGCGGUCAGGUGGAUGCUGCUUUGGUUCCGUGCAUUAGCUACCUCACUGGUAAUGGAGACAGUCCAUCUCCGGCGUGUUGUUCUGGGGUCAAAGCUGUGAAAGGAAUGGCACAAACACUGGCUGAUAAGAGGGCCUGCUGUAGCUGUGUAAAGGCUGCUGCCAAUAAGUACGCGGACUUGAAAGACGCUGCGGCCCAGAGUCUUCCCACCAAGUGCGGUGUCCAAAUGGACAUCCCCAUCUCCCGCAGUGUCGACUGCGACAAGAUCAACUAAGAUGGUACCAUGAAUGCCAGAAGAAAUACAAGUCAAGAUGAUGAUUUGCUACAGAUAUAGGCUAUAGCAUCUUUGAAUAAUUUCUCUAGUUUGAACAAUAAGUAUAUCACAUGGUUUGAGAACCUACUCGUUAUGGUGCAUGAUGAAAUAGAUGAAGAUUCAUCUUGUUUCCAGAUGAGUUUAUAAUAGACACUAUGUUGCUUCAA